AUGCAACCAGCGUUACAGCGCGCCUCCAACGCGCUGCUUUUGAGCAGCCGACCUCUCUGCCGCGCAGCUGAGUGGCAGUGCUGCAGUGUCACGGCCACGCGCGCCUUCACAGCAGCAGCAGGCGCGCCCAGCGGCAGCACCCGUGGCGCGUGCUCCACCAGCGGCUCUGAUGCCCGUCACAAGGCAGAGCGAUGGUCGGAUGACUCCGCCGCCAGCGAAGAAGAAGGCGGCGCCGCGCGGCCUGCAGAUGCCGUCAAGCGGCGUCGCGUCCUUGGUGCCGUGCUGCGGGAGGCGCAGUUGGCAGAG